AUGGCAGCCGAUCCGACGAGGCUUUCCUACUUCUCUUUGCCAGGCGAGGUACGGAACAAGAUCAUGGACCAUGUCCUGGUCCACGGAGACAUCUAUCCUCGCAAGCCCAUCUUGGGAACUACAGCCAGCAUCGAAUCUCCGCCUGGAAUCCAGCUGAUCGCAACCUGCAGACAGGCCUAUCUCGAAGGCCACGCGUUGUUCUAUUCCUCCAAUACAUUCCACCUACCGCCAAGCAUGACAUUUGAGUGGUCUAAUAGACUUCAAGCCAAGCACAAAGCCAUGAUCAAGCGUAUCGGUAUCACGCUUGGCCUCGUCCAGUUGACACCAGCAAUGUUGAGCCAGAUUGAGUUCAGAAACUGUAUCAGCCAAGAGGACGCGAUUCGCGGGCCCUUCGCGGUAUCAGACUUUCUGCUCGACACCUGGAAUUCAAAACUGCGGCAUGUGGCGGCUUGGACUUCCUUGAACGAAAUCGAGGUGGAUUCGUUUGGUCGCACGUACGUUCUUCGGCAUCACGAAAUGGUUGCCAACUUGGGACAAACCCGUGUCGAUAGUUGGGGCAAGCUUGACAUGUGGUCUCUGGGCCCUUACUGGCUCGAUACACUCCGGCGAUCGCGCUUUGCCGCGCUCGGCAACAUCUACGCCAAGGUCAAAGCUGUGGGUUGGAAGAGAACGAAGGAAUGGCUUUGUGAGGAAGGCAGGGAAGAUAUCUAA